UAGGCUACAGUACUUCAGUAAAUGUUCUUCUGUUCACCCCAAUUUUUUUGUUUGUUCAUUUUGCCUAAGUAAUUAGUUGAUGUUUUUGCAGAUUCUUGGCCACUGGAGACUCCUACCGCACCAUAGCUUUCAGCUAUCGUGUGGGAGUGAGCACCGUAGCAGGGAUUGUUGGAGAGGUCGCCAGGGCAAUAUGGGAUGCCUUGGUGCAGGAGGUCAUGCCAGUCCCCACCACUGAGGACUGGCGAAGCAUCGCCACUGACUUCCUCCAUCGGUGGAACUUCCCCAACUGUCUUGGGUCCAUCGAUGGAAAACAUGUUGUGAUCAAGGCCCCUGACAACUCAGGGUCCCUGUUCUUCAACUACAAGGGGACUUACUCAGUUGUGCUCCUGGCAGUGGUAGAUGCCCAGUACUGCUUCCGGGUAGUCGAUGUGGGCAGCUACGGGAGGACAAGUGAUGGCGGUGCGCUGGCUAACUCCACUUUCGGCCAGGCACUACGAGAUGGGACCCUUGGCCUGCCACAGGAUGCUCUGCUGCCAAGUGCAGAGCAUUUGGGACCCCAGCCACACGUGUUUGUGGCUGAUGAAGCCUUUCCACUCCGCCGAGACCUCAUGCGGCCUUUCCCAGGACACAAUCUCUCCAGCAGGCAAAGAAUAUUCAAUUACAGGCUGUCACGGGCAAGGCUGAUUGUUGAGAACACCUUUGGUAUUCUCACAGCUCAGUGGCGUAUGUACAGAGGAGUCAUUGAGAUCAGCCCUGCCAACGUGGAUGCCUGUGUGAAGGCUACCUGUGUCCUGCACAACUUCCUGAGAAGGUCCACAAACAGCACCAGUACGUCCAUACCAUCAGCUGGAGACGGAGAAGCUGCUGGUCUACAGGAGGUCACCCGAGUGGGCAGCAACAACCCCACACGGGAGGCUAUCCGUGUCCGGGAGAAAUUGAUGACCUAUUUCUCCACAGAGGGAGCUGUCCCCUGGCAACCUGUGGCAUAAGCCUUUGCUUUUAACGGCUCUUUUAAGAGCCACAAAUUAGUCAAAAAAAAAGCAUGAUUUCCAUAAAUAUAAUAUGACAACACCCGCUCUCCCCUGGUGAAAAAAAUUACACUUCCAUAAUGUACUUAAAGUGCUCUACUUUCAUGCACUAAUUUUGUACUUAAUAUACUACAAAUUCGUCUUUAGUAGUUCUUAAGGACAUCCAAGUGUACUUAACUAUGCUAUUUGUGAGACACCAUGAAUAUGAACUAAAAUGUGCUGAAAAUGUAUUUAGAAAAUGUGUUUAGGUACCACUUG